AUGACACCACCACUGAUAACCAACCUAUACACUGCGGAUCCGUCCGCCCAUGUCUUCAACGGGCGCGUGUACAUAUACCCGUCGCACGACCGGGAGACGGACAUUGCCUUCAACGACAACGGGGACCAGUACGACAUGGCCGACUACCACGUCUACUCGACGUCGACGCUGGAGCCGCCGUACGCGGACGUGGUGGACCACGGCGUGGUGCUGCGCACCGAGGACGUGCCCUGGGUCGGCAAGCAGCUCUGGGCCCCCGACGCCGCCGAAAAGGACGGCAAGUCCUACCUCUACUUCCCGGCCCGGGACAAGGCCGGCGUCUUUCGCAUCGGCGUCGCCGUCGGCGAGCGGCCCGAAGGUCCCUUUGUGCCCGACCCGGAGCCUAUUCGCGGCACUUUUAGCAUUGACCCGGCGUCCUUUGUUGACGACACAGACGGCGCCGCGUACUUGUACUUUGGCGGGCUCUGGGGCGGCCAGCUGCAGUGUUACCAGGGCGGACACGACAAGUUUGACACCGCGUGGCUCGGGCCCCAGGAGCCGUCGGGCGCGGACAAGAAGGCCCUGUUUCCCAAGGUGGCGCGGCUGAGCGCCGACAUGCGCAGCCUCGUCGACGACGAGGUGCGGGACCUGGUCAUCCUCGCGCCCGAGACGGGGGAGCCGAUUGCCGCCGAUGACCACGAUCGGCGCUUCUUUGAGGCAGCCUGGAUGCACAAGAAGGACGAUACCUACUACUUUAGCUACUCGACCGGCGACACGCAUUACAUUGUCUACGCCACAUCCAAGAGUCCGCUGGGACCGUUCACGUAUGCGGGACGCAUCCUGGAGCCUGUUCUGGGCUGGACUACACAUCACUCGAUUGUCGAGUUUCAGGGACGAUGGUGGUUGUUUCAUCAUGAUUGUGAGCUCAGCAAGGGAGUAGACCAUUUGCGAAGCGUCAAGGUCAAGGAAAUCUUCUACAAUCAAGAGGGCAAAAUUACAACAGAGAAGCCAGAGUAG